AUGACGAACUCUUCAGAAAGUGCUAUUAAGUUUAUCGACGGACUCAAAAAUGUCGAUCAGCUGGUCUGUCUGGCGAAAUUAGCCGAACAGGCUGAAAGAUACGACGAUAUGGCGCGGGCUAUGAGGAGAGUUACUGAACUGGAGGGGAAACUGACUCAAGAAAAGCGAAAUUUGCUUUCAGUUGCUUAUAAAAAUGUUGUCGGCGCACGCCGUUCAUCCUGGCGAGUGAUCUGCAUGAUCGAACAAAAGGCAGAAAAUGAAAAGAGGAAAGCUGAUGUCCAAGAAGCUAGGGCUACCGUGGAAGCAGAGCUGGAUGCGACUUGCAAUGAAGUUCUUGGUUUGUUGGAGAAACACCUGAUCACUGAUGAUUGUUCUGAUGAAGAGAAAGUGUUUUAUCUGAAAAUGAAAGGUGAUUAUUACCGUUACAUUGCUGAAUACAAGGCUGAACAAGGGCCUGAGCGCACAGCAGCCAUCACAAAUGCUGAAGAAGCCUACUCAAAGGCCAUGGAGCAUGCUAAGAAGACGAUGCCAUCCACACAUCCCAAUCGUUUGGGCCUCGCUCUCAACUUCUCCGUUUUCUAUUAUGAGAUUCUCAACUCUCCAGACAGGGCGUGCAACUUGGCAAAACAAGCCUUUGAUGAAGCUAUUGGCGAUUUGGAGAAAUUGCAAGAAAGCGACUGUAAAGACAGUACGUUGAUAAUGCAGCUUCUUCGAGACAAUUUGACCCUGUGGACAUCUGAUAGCCAAGCGGAGAAUUGCGAUGAUUAA